AUGGACCUCCGCUCCCUCGCCCGCCCCGUAGCCCAGCUCCUCACCACCGCCCGCCGCACACCUCUGACCCCCAAACGCGGCCACAAAACAACCGCCCGGACCAAACGGGCCCUCAAAAUCGCCCCCCACGACUCCUUCCUCCCCGACCGGACCGCCGCGUCCCCCGCCGCCGACAGCAUCAUCUACAACCCCCCCGCGUCGGAAGCCUCGCCCGCCCACACGCCCUUCCUCUUCCUCCCGCCCAGCGACCCGCGCAGGUCGGCGUUCCUGCGAAUACGCAACCACCCCCGCGCGCCGGCGGCGCCCACCGCCCAGCCCCCCACAGAGGCAGACAUGCCCCCCCGGAUGCGCUACAAGCACCGCAAGCCGCGGUACAACCUGCAGAAGGAGGACGUCGCGGAGAUGAAGCGGCUGCGCGCCGAGGACCCCAUCGAGUGGACCGUGGCCAGGCUCUCGCAGAAGUUCGAGUGCUCAGAGGUGUUUGUCAAGAUGGCCGCCCCCGCGCCGCAGGAGCACCUCGCGUGGCUGAAGGGCAAGAUGGACAGGAAGACGGCGCGGUGGGGCCCCAUGAAGGCGCAGGCGAGGGAGGACAGGAAGCGCAGAGCUGACCUCGUCUACCGGGGGGACUUGUAG